AUGGGAUUCCUCUUCAAAAAGCCUCAAUUUCCUGAGAAGCUAAUACUUUGGUGGAUACUGCUAGUUGGCUAUUUAACAUUGUUCCCACCAUCUCCUGUUUCCUCUUUCAUGACUUCACUAAAUAGUGAAACAAAUGCUUUGCUAAAGUGGAAAGCCAGCCUUGACAGCUAUAGCCAAACUGUGUUAUCAUCAUGGAAGGAUAAUAACAGUUGUACUUGCAAAUGGGUUGGAAUCUCAUGCAAUGAGCUCAACUCAAUUUCCAGUAUAUCUCUUCCGAAUUUUGGAUUAAGAGGUACGCUUGAUAGUCUCAAUUUCUCAUCUUUCCCCAAUCUCCAAUUCUUAGUACUUGGAGGUAAUCAACUUAUUGGUUCCAUUCCCAAUGAACUUGGAAUGUUAAAGGAAGUAGUUGAACUUGACUUGUCAAGAAACAAUCUCUUUGGCAACAUCCCUGCCACUAUAGGAAAUAUGACCAAUUUGCACCAUAUUUAUCUUUUUUCCAAUCAAAUCUCAGGACCAAUUACAUGGGAAGUAGGGAAGCUCUACUCUAUGGAGACAUUGGAUUUGUUAGAGAACAAUAUAUCAGGUUCAAUCCCACCCUCUAUUUGGAACUUGGCUAAUUUAAGCAACUUCUCUGUUUAUCAAAAUAACCUUUCUGGAUAUAUUCCUUCUAGCAUUGGAAACUUGACAAAGCUCACCUAUCUAAAUUUGUGUGGAAAUAAACUUAGUGGCAACCUUCCAUCAGAAAUGAAUAACUUUAGGAAAUUAAGAUCCUUGCAUAUUGGAGAAAAUAAUUUCAAAGGUCACUUCCCUCAAGACAUCUGUGUGGGAGGAUUACUUGCUAACAUCACUGCACAUAGGAAUCAUUUUACUGGUCCAAUUCCUAGAAGUUUGAAGAACUGCUCUAACCUUAUCAGAGUUAGGUUUGAAAGUAAUCAAUUGAUAGGAAAUGUCACAAAUGCUUUUGGUGUAUGCCCACACUUAAACUACAUUGAUUUGAGUAACAAUGCAUUUUAUGGCCACUUGUCACCUAUAUGGGGGCAGUACCGUAACCUUGCAACCCUCAAGAUCUCAAAUAAUAACUUAUUUGGGGGAAUACCAUUAGAACUAGGUAAGGCAACCAAGUUACAGAGUCUUGAUUUUUCAUGGAAUCACUUGACAGGAAGUAUUCCAAAGGAAUUGAGUCAGUUAUCAUUAAUGAUUGAACUUACGUUGAGCAACAAUCAACUUUCAAGAAACAUUCCUAUUGAUAUAGGAUUGUUGACUAACCUUGAACAGUUGAGUCUAGCUAACAAUCAUUUAAGUGGCUCAAUUCCAGAACAACUAGGAGGGUUGACCAAAUUAUGGGAAUUGAACAUAAGUGGAAACAAGUUCUUUAGCAUUCCCAUUAGUUUUGGUCAAUUACAACAACUUCAGUCUCUUGAUCUUAGUGGAAAUUCAUUUAUUGGGGGAAUCCCAACAAUGCUUGGAGAGCUACAUCGAUUGGAAAUGUUGAAUCUCUCGCACAACAAUUUCUCAGGAACUAUUCCUUCACUUUUUGUUGAUAUGAAUAGCUUGGCUAUAAUUGACAUAUCAUACAAUCAAUUAGAAGGUCCACUUCCAAAUAUUUUAGCCUUUCGUACAGCUACGAUGGGGAGAUUAAUAGGCAACAAAGGCUUAUGUGGUGAUCAAUUUGGCUUACCAAUUUGCCCAACAACAAAUUUUGACUCAAGUCAUUCCAAGAGCAAGAAAGUGUUGAUCUAUGUUGUAUCUUUUAGUUUAGGAGUUGUGAUGCUAGCAACAUCUUCCAUUGGGAUUUCAUAUAUUAUUUGCCAUCACAAAGCAAGGAAAACAAAAGUUCAAGAAACAAAAGCGCAAACUCAAAAUUUGUUUGCUAUAUGGAGUUAUGAUGGGAAACUAGUAUAUGAAAACAUUAUUGAAGUCACAGAGGAGUUCAACGAAAAAUAUCUCAUUGGGGAAGGAGUAUCUGGAAGUGUCUACAAAGCAAAAUUAUCCACAGGUCAGGUUGUGGCGGUGAAGAAGCUUCAUUCAGUACCAGACAAGGAUAUGUGUCAUCAGAAAGCUUUUAUGAGUGAGAUUAGAGCCUUAACAGAAACUAGGCAUCAUAAUAUCAUCAGGCUAUAUGGUUUUUGCUGGCAUUCAAAGGUCUCCUUUUUGGUUUAUGAAUUCUUGGAAGGAGGUAGCUUGGACAAGAUCCUAAGAGAAGAGACACAAGCAAUUACAUUAGAUUGGAGCAAAAGAAUCAAAGUUGUUGAAGGUGUGGCUAAUGCUUCAUACUAUCUUCAUCAUGGAUGCUCACCUCCGAUAAUUCAUCGUGACAUAUCAAGCAAAAAUGUUAUUUUAGACUCAGAUUAUGAGGCUCACAUCUCUGACUUCGGGACAGCCAAGCUUUUGUAUCCAGAUUCUAACAAUUGGACCUCAUUUGCUGGUACCUUUGGCUAUGCUGCUCCAGUGACUGAGAAAUGUGACAUUUAUAGCUUUGGAGUGUUGGCUCUAGAAAUAAUUAUGGGAAAGCAUCCAAGAGAUCUCGUAAUGUCAUGUUUCUCAUCAACAUCUUCUGGUGCAGCACCAACAAUAAUUGCUCAUGAUUUGGAUUUGAACGAAGUGUUAGACCAAAGGCUACCUUAUCCUCAAGACUUAGUGGCUGAGAAGGUGAUGUUGAUUGCAAGAAUAGCUUCUACUUGCUUGAAUGAAAAUCCACGUGCUCGCCCAACCAUGGAGCAAGUAUGUAAGGAGCUUGCCAUGCCAAAAUAACAUAUUUCUAGUUCCAUUCCAU